UUGAGAGCUGCCGCAAAGCCCCGUCCUUCAGGGCUUUUUAAACACCGUGUUUGCUUCACGCUCCAACAAUGCCAUCCAAUUGAGUCGCCGCAGCGCAGCGCUUCUUUACGCACUGAACCCGCCGUGGGAACAGCACCGACCAGCAGCACAACCCGUCAUGUUUUAAGGGAGAAACACGACGACGUGAACGAAAUUAAAGAAGAUAAGAGUGUUAUUUAACCCCUAGUCUGCCGUGGUAUUGUUGCUCUAGCGGGUCUCUCGGUGAAAUGAGAGCAGACCGGGUAGUCGGUUGUGUUUAAAUGCGGUUGCAGCCUCUUGCUUGGUUCGGCCGCGUUGAUGCAGCAGCGCACGGCUGUGGGGGUUCAAAUCCACCACCGGAUCCGGGAAGACAAUAGGUGAAAUAAACGCCGGCCUGGACUCUCCCAAGACGCCACUAAACGAGAGUCUGCAUCCGCUUCGGCUUCACUAGUGUCCGUGUGAGGUAUUGCUUUAGAGGGUGGAGUGACAGCCAGCAGGUUGCUGGAUCACGAUGGCCGCCGUGGUGAACUACUCUCCGCCCUGGUGGGUGAAUCUUCUCCACCGGUUGCCUCACUUCAACAUCGAAUUCCAGGUGGUGAGCAGUGACUUCAGACCGGAGGACGCUGAGUACCAGAAGUCCAUAUUGCUGCUGGGGUCUGUGGCGUUGCUGUGUUUGGGCCUGGACCUCCUCUUCCUCCUCUUCUACUCUUUCUGGCUCUGCUGCCGGAGACGUAAGAGGGACGACUCGUCUCACUCUCACACGCACUCCCAGCAGCCCAGCCCUGACUGCUGCUGCACCGCCUGGUGCGUCAUCAUCGCCACGCUCGUCUGCAGCGCUGGCAUUGCUGUGGGUUUCUACGGAAAUGGGGAGUCGAGUGAUGGGGCCAAUCGUUUGGCAUACUCCCUCCGUCACGCCAACCGCACCGUGUCCGGCGUGGAGAAACUGGUGUCAGACAGCGCCUUAGCCUUAAACCAGACGGUGGAGGAGAGCUUGGUGCAGUUGGAGACGGCCUUCCAGGAGCAGACGGACUACGUGUCCAUCGUCCAAAAGCUGCAGGGACAGCUGGACGAGCUGGUGCGGCUGAUGGUGGAUGUUCCCUUCUGGUCCAACACUGACAUCUCCCUGGAGGACUUGGCCCGCAAGACGGAGGCUUUCGAUUUUUAUAGGUGGCUGGGGUAUCUCGGCCUGCUGCUGUUUGAUGUACUCAUUUGCCUUCUAGUGCUCUUCGGCCUGAUACGCAACUCUAGAGGCACUCUGAUUGGAGUGUGUCUGCUGGGUGUUUUGACUCUGAUAAUCAGCUGGGGGUCUCUCGGCGUGGAACUGGCUGUCGCUGCUUCAGCCAGCGACUUCUGCGUCUCCCCGGAUACCUACAUCACCAGGGUAACCAAGGAAAAUGCUGUCAUCGACCAAGAUAUCCUGCAGUAUUACCUGAGGUGCAGCCCUGGUCAAAUCAACCCCUUCCAGCAGAGGCUGUCAGGGAGUCACAAAGCAUUGGUGGAGAUGCAGGAUGAUGUGGCAGAGCUACUGAGAUCAGCAACACGUGAUUUUGCCAACACCAAGGGGAGUCUGGAGCAGAUCCAGUCCGUGCUGAACUCCACCGAGGUCGGUCUCCACCAGCUGACUGCCCUGGUGGACUGUCGCAGCCUACACAUGGACUACGUUCAGGCGUUGACCGGGCUGUGUUACGACGGGGUGGAGGGCGUCAUCUACCUGGUUCUCUUCUCCUUUGUCACCGCUCUGAUGUUCUCCUCCAUUGUCUGCAGUGUGCCACAUACCUGGCCUGGCAAGAGGACGGAUGAGGAAGACGGAGAGGACGAGUCGGGCGCCUCACGAGGCGGUGUGCACGAUAACCUGUACCGCGUUCACAUGCCCAGUCUCUACAGCUGUGGCUCCAGCUACGGUAGCGAAGCUAGCCUGCCCGCUACAGCCCACACUGUCAGCAAUGCCCCCGUCACUGAAUACAUGAGCCAGAACGCAAACUUUCAGAACCCUCGGUGUGAGAACACCCCCCUGAUUGGCAGGGAGUCCCCUCCACCCUCUUACACCUCAAGUAUGAGAGCAAAGUACCUGGCCACCAACCGACCUGACCAGAACCGACGCUCCGUUCCCAACGACCAGCUGGACCCUGGCAGCCGGCCUCAUCCCACUGCCCGACCUCAGUCCUCGGUCCACUAGAGACCAGAACCCAUUACUGCCUAACUCCAGUUUCACAGCCAAUAACAGGAUCCCACUCACCAGAACUCAAGCAGAACAGAGCGUUUAAUCCCAGCAGUUUGUCAGAACUCAUCCACCCGCCAACGGACUGCAUUUUGAAGGUCUACAUCUCACACAAAAUAGCCCAGAAGUUAACAAGAACGAGCCCUCGUCUCUUCUCCACAACUGCUCGUUCCACCACUGCUGUGAUGGAUGAGCCCACAUUACCCACAAUGCACAGCAACUGAAGCGCCUUGGCAGUUUCUUCUUCUACUUUUCAAUUCUCUCCCCCCUCUACUGGGAUCCGUCUACUGCCCUCCAGUGGAGACCGCUCCCACCUUAUUGAGACACCUUUCAUACAGACCACACACACACACACACACACACACACACACACACACACACACACACACACACACACACACACACACACACACACACACACACACACACACACACACACACUGUACAGACCUGUAAAUAGUAAACGUGUGCUUUACUCUGAUCUCAUGAGAAGUAGACUGUUGAAUCAUUACUGGUAAUUUGGUAUCAUGGACAUUCUAGCUGUAUCUUUCUCGAACACACACACACACACACACACACACACACACACACACACACACACACACACACACACACACACGCACGCACGCGCGUACAUAUGAACACAUAAAUAGAAGCACACAUCUGUAUAAAUAUUAAGCCAGUGAAUUAGAAAGCCAUGUUUAGGAAAGAGUACCACCACUUUCUGUUUAGCUUAACAUUGUCAUCUAACUAAGACUUGAAUCGUGAGCUUGAAAAGUGUUCACACCUCUCUCCGUAUUUGUCAACAUGCAGUACACGUGUCGAGCAAUGCAUUAUGAACAUGAGCCAGGAAACGCUGUUGUGGAACAACUGUUUGGAAUUUCGGAAAGUGGAGCGAGAGACACACGAAGGCUCCACCUGUGCCAAAAAACUCUGAAUAAUGAGGGAUGCCUUCAUUCUGUCCUCUUCUUCUACUGCCUCCUUAUGUCUCAAAUAAGAGGAACAAACUCAUGUGGAAUGUUUUCCCUCUGACUGUAAAUAAAAAAAGGGACAGGAAAGACACUUGAAAAAGAAAAACGAUGGACAGAAAUGGAAUAAAUCUCACUGAAAAAAUAUUGCGACCACACGUUUGCCAGGUGCUAUGUACGACGGUCAAAGUCCUAGAAGACGGAUCGGGACUGAGGAGCGACGGAAACGUUUUUCUAUUACUUUAAUGUUUUGUUUUAAUUCAGGGAUAUAAUAAGGAAAAAGAGCAGUAACAUUAUAAGAGCUUUCCAUUAUUACUGAAUGGAAAUUGUGUCCUGAAUCCUGAAAAGAAAACCAUGUCCCUGAUUAUUAAUGUUACGUCAAAGUGUUACAAUUGAAGGAAAGUGGGUGUUUUUUUUAAUGUUAUAUCAUAAGCUGAAUUCAGGAUGUGAUACUGUGACCAAGUCGUGUUCUGUUCUUUCUUUCUUCCUGUGCUUUUAUUUUGUUAACUGGUGACCUUGGACUGACCUUUUCGCCACCAGUAGUCCCUCUUUACUUUAUUUUUUUAAACCCACAAGCACAAAUUCUCUUCAAGGUGACUUUACGAGCUGGAGAAGUAAAACGCACUGCCAGUGGUUUUCCCCUCCCGCUCUGUGUACAGUGUAUAAAAACUGUAUUUGUGAAGCCGUGUGUGUGACAUCACUGCUGCGUGAUUGGCUAUUGCUCUAUCUCAGUGUUGCUGUGUGUAAGUACAGUGGUCAGUGUGUGUGACUGGCAUCUAGCCUGAGUCAUUUCUACACAGACGCCGCGCAUGCCCUCAUACGCACACAUCGAAAAACACACACACAAACACACAUGCUGUACAGACAUUCAAUAAACACCAUGGUUUCUUUAAAAAAAAAUCCAUCUUUCCCUACUUUUGUCCUGUUUACAUCACAUCUAGAGCUGUAGUAACUGCACAUCCUCCCACAGCUGUGACAUCACACUGAUUUGCAUUAUGGGUGAUGUAGUUUGUUCAGAGAAACCUGGAAUUAAGUCAAAUCUAAGUGAACAUUCAAACACUUUUCAACCCCUAUUCCUGUACAGCAUUUUAAUAUUUUAUUAUUAAUCAAUGACCACUUCUCGUAUUGGCGAGACAAUCUUACAUGUGUGAUUUUACUAGAAAGAAAAUGUCCAUGUUAUGGUAACAAUGCUACCUAUGGUCUAGUACUUUACAGUGUUUUUUGCACCAUAAAUGCAAACAGUGUUAAGAUCUGUGGACUAGUCACUGAUUAAUGGCCUUUCAUAAUGUUUUUAAACUCUUACAACACUCUCUCAUAUCACAACAUGUUUGUUUUUUUAUGUUCCUCUUGUCUUGUAAAAAUCCAACUUUAAAGAUAAAAUAAUAGCUAGCUGUUUUGUAGGAGAAUAAAGGCAAGAGCAGCGGUUUUCCUCUCUUAUUAAUGGUGAAUGACUCUCUGUCUUGCAAUGUUUUAAUAAAACUAUUCCAGUGUAAUCUGCACACCUGACUUUAAGUUGUAUUUGAAUUCCUGUGUGAAGCUUUUUCUGGAGUUUAAACACCCGGUUACAGUCUGGUCCACGCUCAUGUGUAAGAGUCAGCGAUGUUUGUGUGUGUUUGUGGUAUUUACAGGAUUUCAAGUACACCUGCUGUCCAGAUGUGACGGACAAACAAUGUUUUCUAUGGCUGUUUUUAUUUUCUGAUGGUUUAACUAAGAUAUUAAUGAUGUACAUGUCAAAACUGUGGUAAUGAUAUCAUUCAGCCUGGAAUAAAUGUUUUAAAAAAGGAAUUAAAGCAACUUUAACGUAC